AUGACGGGAGAAAAAAAGAAUCUGCUCGUUGUCGGAAAGAGUAAGCAUCCACGUUGUUUCAAAGGAGUUAAAUCUUUACCUGUGGAUUAUUCAGCAAAUAAAAAUGCAUGGAUGACCCAAGAAAUCUUUAGCCAGUGGCUGAUCAAGUGGGAUAAUGAACUAAGCAGAAAAAUGUUUUUUUUGGUAGACAACUGCACGGCUCAUAAUCCUUGUGAUCAAGGAAUAAUUCGUACUCUUAAAGCUUACUAUAGAUCUAAAAUAAGGGAAUGGAUAAUAACUCUCCUUGAUGAAACACUUGAAUGUCAGUCAUCUUGGACUUUAAAGGCUAAUGAUCUAGCCAAGAAAAUUAACGUUCUUGAGGCUUUACACUUAGUAAAUGAAGCAUGGAAUAAUAUAAGUGAUGUGACUAUACAAAAUUGCUUUCGUCACGGAGGCUUCAUAAAAACUGAGGAAGAGGAAAAAGAGGAGGAAAACAGGUCUGUUGAGACGCAGGAAGAUCUCACUGCCAAAACAUAUGUAGAUUGGAUGAAUAUUGACAGUGAUUUUCAAACUUCUGAAGAGUAUUCUAAGGAUCAAAUUUGUCAGUUUAUCGCAAAUGAAUCGACCAGUAUCAAUGAAGAGAAAAAUGACGAAGGUGAUUACGAUGAGGAAGAGGUUAAACCACCAUCAAACAAUGAGGUUUUAGAGGCUCUAAAAGUGUUAAGGAAAGCUGUUCAUCACCGAGUUGUUAAUUUUAAUAUACAAUAUGAGUAUGAAAAUUAUAUAUCAAUUAUGGUAUUUGCUAGAGUUCUACCACUCACAUCAUGA